AUGUACGUCCAGGACUAUGUGUGUCCCCGGCGUUGUAUGUGUGUUCUGUUCUGGCUGUGUGCGUGUGCUGUGGUGACUCUUCUUACCGGUGUACUCUGCAGCGAUGGGACGGUUCCGACAGCUCCGUCAGGUGAGAACAGAGCAGAAAGGGGUGAGACUGCAUCCUCAGAGAUGAGGACCUGUCUGGAAUCCUUACACAUAGCUCUCUUCUCUCCUUUCCUUUCCUUCCCUCUCCAUAUUCCCUGUUUCUUUCCUUUCUCUGUCUCUGUCUCGCCCCCUCCCCUCUCCUCCUUCUCUCCACCCCUAUUUCCUACUUUCCCUCUUCUCUCUCCCCUUCCACUGCUUUCUCCCUCUCCCCUGUUUGUGUUUGAGGGGUGAGUUCUGAGUGGGUGUAUCCUAUGCCCCUGGCAGACCCCCCCUCCCCUCCAGAGGUACGUUGCUGGUCUCCCAGUUACCCCUUCAAAGCCCUCUGCUCCUGGUCUGAGCCGCCACAGACCCCGCUUCCCAUACAGUACAUCACCACCUACAGGUAAAUUGUUUGUGUGUGUGUGUGUGUGUGUGUGUGAGAAAGAGUUUGAGAGAGAGAGGCUUGUAGAUGCUAAAAACAUCCCCCUUUCUCAGUUUAUCACUCCCUAUGUCCUAGUAUGAAAGGCGGAGAGAUCCAGCAGUGCCGUCCCUACCCCACCUCCAUGCCGCCUCUCCCCAGCCCAGAGUCCUCUCUCCCUGGGGUGAAUGGCUCCUCUCCAGGGGCGAGGAGGCUCUGUGUCCUAGAGGGUCUAAAGCUCUACACGUCUUACAAGCUCAACAUCACAGCAGUCAACCCUAAUGGCAGCGCCUCCCACCUACAGACCUUCACAAUAGAGGAUAUUGGUAAGAACCUGUCUCUUUGUCUCUGUCUGUGUGUCUCCCACCUAUUGGAAUAUUAGUAGGAGGAUCAUUGUGAACCAGUGUGUGUGUGUGCGUGUGUAGUGAAGCCGGACCCCCCUGUGAAUGUGACUGUGCGAGUCGUUCCCGGGAAGUGGAAGCUGUUAGUGAAGUGGGCCCCUCCCCCUUCCUGGUCUGACCACACCCUCUUCCCCCUCAAGUACCAAGUCAGAUACCACUGGGACAACAAGGGUACCCCACAUGAGAUCACCGUGAGUACAGACUCUUAUAGUGUGUGUGUGUGUGUGUGUGUGUGACACUGUCUUUCUCUCCUUUUCUCACUCUCUCUCUCCUCCCCCCUCUCACUCAAUUUUUUCUGUCUCCCUUUCUCUCUCUCCCACUCUCUGUAGUUGGAUCCAUUUGAGGACACCAAGAAGGUUCUACCAGGGCUGUUUCCUGGGAGGUCUUAUGUAGUUCAGGUGUGUUCCAUAGAACUGAUGGGGCUGGGACAGAGCAGUGACUGGAGUCUACCUAUUACUAUCACUAUGCCUGCACACUGAACACACACACACACACACACUGAGAUAACACACACACAUGCUCAUGUGUACACACACACACACACACAGGUCACAUGCAUAGAUCAAACGCAUUUGUAAACCACAACUUGGCUUAACAAUGAUAAUAAAAACACUUUAUUUGUAAGGCACUUUCCCAACAUUGUGCUAAAAGUGCUCAUUAAAACAACACAAUGGUACCUAACUCAGAACUGGCUCUGGCCAUUUCCACAAACUCUGUGUGUGAAACUCCAAUAA